UAUGCUCUGGGAGUGUUUAUGUUUUCGUCGGUCUGGCUGACUGCAGCCAAGUUGGAAGCUUGGAAGGGAGGCAGGUUAUGCUGUCGUAUUGCAGUACCCGCUGAGGGUCAGAGACUGGGGGAGAGAAGUAAAGAGCAGUAUCCGGCCGACAAAAAAAGGCAAGGAACUAGGGUGCCGACUUUGACUGAAAUCUGAAGCAGAGGGCAAGGGAGGGCGACACUCGCCUCUGAUUGGCCCGUGGGCGUCAUCGAGGACCCACUCAACUGCCUCUAUUGGUUGGUGGCCGCAAUUAUUGUGGUGGCUACAAAGAUUUUACCCACGUACUUCCGAGCCAGAGGCGGGCUGUGUCCUGGUGCGCGUGCGCAGAGCCCUGGUGCCCCGCCCGGUAGUUCACGAACCUGCGAGGGGGGCGGGGCGAAGAGGUACUUGUUUUGGUUGUUCCCUUUGAAGCAGAAGGCCGGAACGAACGUAGCAGAAAACUUGUUGGACUUCGAGAAGCUACGACAAGCUCGCCGCGUCGCCUUCGUUUUGGACUUCACAUCCGGGUUCUCUUGCCGCGUGACGCGUGUUUCGCCAAGAGUUGUCGAACGGGUGCCUCAAUCUCUUUAUCCGGGGCCCGCCAAUCCCGUCGUGCUUCGCGCACAGUAGUAGCCCCCUCAUCCGGGUUCUCUCCCGGCGUGCCUAGCUCCAGGUUUGCUGGGGGGUACUUGGUGGUGCCGCCAUGACUAUUCUCCCCAAAAAGAAGCCGCCGCCUCCCGACGCCGACCCCGCCAACGAACCGCCGCCACCCGGACCACUGCCCCCGGCGCCACGCCGCGGCGGGGGUGUGGGCGUGGGCGGCGGUGGCACGGGUGUGGGCGGUGGCGACCGUGACCGUGAGUCGGGCGUCGUGGGGGCCCGUCCACGGGCCUCGCCACCGCCUCAGGGUCCGCUGCCGGGACCCCCGGGUGCGCUUCACCGCUGGGCUCUGGCCGUGCCGCCUGGUGCUGUGGCGGGUCCUCGGUCACAGCAAGCUUCUCCUCCACCUUGCGGGGGCCCUGGCGGUCCCGGCGGUGGUCCUGGCGACACACUGGGCGCAGCGACAGGGAGCGUCGGUGCGGCCGGCGUGGUGGUGGGCGUGGGCGGCGCCGUAGGCGUAGGCGGCUGCUGCUCGGGGCCGGGCCACAGCAAGCGGCGGCGUCAAGCCCCAGUGGUUGGAGCAGUUGGCGGGGGCAGUCCCGAGCGUGAGGAGGUCGGCGCAGGUUACAACAGUGAGGACGAGUACGAAGCGGCUGCAGCACGAAUUGAGGCCAUGGACCCUGCCACUGUUGAGCAGCAGGAGCACUGGUUUGAAAAGGCCCUGAGAGACAAGAAGGGCUUCAUCAUCAAGCAGAUGAAGGAGGACGGUGCCUGUCUCUUCCGGGCUGUAGCUGACCAGGUGUAUGGAGACCAGGACAUGCAUGAGGUUGUGCGAAAGCACUGCAUGGACUAUCUGAUGAAGAAUGCUGACUACUUCUCCAACUAUGUCACAGAGGACUUCACUACCUACAUCAACCGGAAGCGGAAAAACAACUGCCAUGGCAACCACAUUGAGAUGCAGGCCAUGGCGGAGAUGUACAAUCGGCCUGUGGAGGUGUACCAGUACAGCACAGAACCCAUCAACACAUUCCAUGGGAUCCAUCAAAAUGAGGACGAACCCAUCCGUGUCAGCUAUCAUCGGAAUAUCCAUUACAAUUCAGUGGUGAAUCCUAACAAGGCCACCAUUGGUGUGGGGCUGGGCCUGCCAUCAUUCAAACCAGGGUUUGCAGAGCAGUCCCUAAUGAAGAAUGCCAUAAAAACAUCAGAGGAGUCAUGGAUUGAACAGCAGAUGCUGGAAGACAAGAAGCGUGCCACAGACUGGGAGGCCACAAAUGAGGCCAUUGAGGAGCAGGUGGCCCGGGAAUCGUACCUGCAGUGGCUACGGGAUCAGGAGAAACAGGCCCGCCAGGUCCGCGGCCCCAGCCAGCCCCGGAAAGCCAGCGCUACUUGCAGUUCCGCCACAGCAGCAGCCUCCAGUGGCCUGGACGAGUGGACCAGCCGGUCGCCGCGGCAGCGGAGCUCAGCCUCAUCACCCGAGCACCCUGAGCUGCACGCUGAGCUGGGCAUCAAGCCCCCUUCCCCAGGCACUGUCUUAGCUCUUGCCAAACCUCCUUCGCCCUGUGCACCAGGUACAAGCAGCCAGUUCUCAACAGGGGCCGACCGGGCUGCUUCCCCCCUUGUGUCUCUCUACCCUGCUCUGGAGUGCCGGGCCCUCAUUCAGCAGAUGUCCCCCUCCGCCUUUGGUCUGAACGACUGGGAUGAUGAUGAGAUCCUAGCGUCAGUGCUGGCAGUUUCCCAACAGGAAUACCUAGACAGUAUGAAGAAAAACAAAGUACACAGAGACCCACCCCCAGACAAGAGUUGAUGGCGACCCAGAGACUGGAGACCAUCUCCUAACCCCCACCACUCCUGCCCUCCAGUGCCACCCCACCUUCUUUGGCUUUCUUCCCUCUUGCCUUCUUCCUUCCCUCUCCCCUCCUUUCCCUCUUCCCCACUUCCCUCUGGCUGGCCCACUCCUGCACCCCCUCUCAUCGUUGCCACCAUCACCUGCCUCUUUGCCAGCUGAUGUGCCCUGUUGCCCCCUGCACAGCACCAUCCCUGCAUUCCACAGGGGACUUGGGCAAGGCUGCUGAAGGUAGGCGAGAGACACACAGACAACCAAACUGGCAGCCAGGCAGCCCCCAAGGAGAGACAUUCAGACAGAGGAAAGUCUCCUUGCCCCCAAUUCCUUCCAAGAUCAGAAAAACUUGUCAACCCACUUCCACAAUGAUACCAGGGAGGUGGGAGGAAGAAGUGGGAAUUCCCUUACCCAGUACCCCAAGAAUGUCUGAGCCUUCAAUGUUGAAUUUUUUCUUUAUUAAAAUGUACUUUUAUCUUAUAAAACCAACCUAUCAAAAACUCUGUAGACAAUAGCAUUGGCUCUAUGAAGGCGGCAUAUCUCUGGUUUGGGGGCAGGCAGGCCGUGGGCACAGAGGGGGCGCAAAAGAGAGGUUGCUGUCUCUGGCCUCCAUCGCUGUUGAGGUGGGCAGGGACUAGAGGGGAGGGGGGUGGGGAGGGCAGGUGUCACGUGGGCUUUGGAUAAUGAGACUCUGACCUCGCUGCAUUCCUUUUGUUUCUGCCACCACCACAGUCUCUUUGGAAUCUUGGGGUGGGGGUCACCUUUGAGGAUCAUGGCCGCUGCCCAGGAUUUGAGCAUGGGGGGUGGGAGCAGCCUCAGCAGAUGGGGCACCCGUGUCCUGCAGGUGUUGACAAGAUCCACCAUCUGUAAUGUUCUUGGCACAAUAAAACCAAAUGUCCAUUU